AUGUUGAAAAUAAUUUUAAGAACUCAUAAUAGAUCCUUUCAAAGACUAAUAGGAAUAACUAGGAAGUAUUCAUCAUAUGAAGACUUAAACGAUGAUAUUAACAACUAUAUAAAUGUCAAAACUGAAAAUAUUAGGAAUUUUUCAAUAAUCGCACAUGUUGAUCAUGGAAAAAGUACAUUAUCAGAUCGAUUAAUGGAAGUAACUGGCGCUUUAAAGAAAGGAAGUGGGAAGACACAAGUUUUGGAUACGCUGGAAGUUGAACAGGAAAGAGGAAUUACUGUGAAAGCUAAUUGUGUAUCAUUAAUUCAUAAAUAUGAAAAUGAAGUUUAUCUUUUAAAUUUGAUUGACACACCAGGUCAUGUAGAUUUUGGUAAUGAAGUUGCUAGAAGCUUAUCAGCAUCAAGAGGUGCAUUGUUACUUGUCGAUGCAAAUCAUGGAAUUCAGGCACAAACUCUUGCCAAUUAUCAUCUUGCAACAUCAAAAAAUCUCAAAAUUAUACCAGUCAUAAAUAAAAUUGAUUUAAAAAAUGCACAUCCAGAAAGAGUUACAGAGGAUCUUCUAAUGAUGUUAAAUAUUGAUCCAGAUGAUGUUUUAAAGAUUUCCGCAAAAUUAGGAAUUGGAAUUGAUAAAGUCCUUCAACAUAUCUGCAAGAAAAUUCCUCCUCCAAUAUCAUCAAAGGAUUUGCCGUUUCGAGCUCAUUUAUUUGACAGCUGGUACGAUAAAUAUCGAGGAGCACUUAACUUAAUGUUCAUUAAAGAUGGAGAAAUCACUGUUGACCAAGAAAUUGUGUCAUGUGAGAAUGGAAAGGGAUAUGUUGUAAGGUCACUUUCUAUUCUAACACCAGAAGAGAGGAAGGUUGACCGACUUGUUGCAGGACAGAUUGGUUUGAUUGGAUGUAACAUGAGAAAUAGCCAGGAAGCAAUUAUUGGAGACACUUAUUAUUUAAAAGGAACUCCAGUUCAACCACUUGAAGUGUUCAAAAAACUUAAACCAAUGGUAUUUGCGGGAAUUUAUCCACAAGAUCAGUCACAACACUUGGCAUUAAAAAGUGCAAUUGAAAAAUUAGUUUUGAAUGACUCAUGCGUCACAAUUCAGCCUGAUACAUCACCUGCACUUGGACAUGGAUUUCGACUUGGGUUUUUAGGACUCUUACAUUUAGAAGUUUUUGUCCAGAGACUUGAACAAGAGCAUCAAUCAUCUCCCAUUAUUACCGCUCCAAAUGUUACAUACAAAAUGAAAAUUCAAGAUAUUAAAGGAGUCUUGAAACAUUAUAAUGGAAAGAAUCAGAUUGAAAUUUCAAAUCCAAAACAUUUUCCAGAUCCACAGCAUGUUGAAGAGUAUUUUGAACCAACAGUAAUGGCAACUUUAAUAACCCCUGCUAAAUUUGUUGGUGCCAUUAUUGGACUUUGUGUAGAGAAACGAGGAGUUCAGAUAAAAUCAAUCAAUUUGGAUCACGAUAGAAUAUUGUUAAAGUAUAUCCUGCCAUUAAAUGAAGUCAUCAUCGACUUUCAUGAUCAAGUUAAAAGCUUAUCAAGUGGAUUUGCAUCAUUUGACUUUGAAGAACAUGAAUACGUCAGUACACAUUUAAUAAAAUUGGAAAUUCUUCUCAAUGGAUCUCCUGUUGAGGAAUUAUCAAAUAUCUGUCAUGUUAGAAGUUCCGAUCAAAUUGCUAGAAAUUUAGUUGCAAAAUUAAAGGAAUUGAUUCCUCGUCAAAUGGUUGAAAUCCGAAUACAAGCGUGCAUUGGAAGUAAAGUCAUUGCAAGAGAAACACUAAAAGCUUUCAGAAAGGAUGUCACUCAAUGGCUUUAUGGUGGAGAUGUGACAAGAAGGAAAAAACUCUUGAAACAGCAAGCAGAAGGCAAGAAGAAAAUGAGACAAAUUGCAAAUAUUCAAGUUCCUCGAGAUACAUUCAUUAAAGUUUUGAAGAGGUAG